UACAUCUUCCUCAUGGUGACUGGUGGUGUCAACUUUUGAUUUAAAUGUCAGGGAAGUUAUGUAGCAGGACUAAGUUUAUCCACACCUGUUAAUAUACGGAAGAAAAUAAAUAUUCCAAAUUGUAGACUCGAGUUGUUAAAACAAGUCACUGAAGUGAUUUAUUUUUUGGAGCAAGAAUAAUGUGUGGGUUAACGUAUAGCCACAAUUUCCACUUGCCUGGUUCUUUACUUGUUGAUCUGUCUGCUGAUUUUGUCGGUAUUCGGAAGGACCCGCCCCUUUCCUCAUCCUCCACGGAAAGUCUCGAGUCCUGCCCAAGUCCACGCGCACUAGCGGGACAGCCGGGCCGCGCGGACACCGGUCGCCUCGCAACGGACUUUCUUCUGCUCGAGCGCUUAAACCAUUCCGCUCCUGUUAAACCACGCACAGGUCCACUUGGGGAUACAUUUUUUGUUCAACUUCCCUCAGCGCCUUGUCUGCGUGUACAGCCUGAUGCUGGAAGGCCUCAGUGGAGCCUGCAGAGAAUAAGACAGAAGAAGACGAGGAGCAGCCGUCCAAGAGAAGUGGUCCUGCUGGUAGUGAGGACAACCCACCGCCAGCGGACAGACAGAGACCACAGAACCCUGCUGCUCUGACCGGGCCAACCCAUGGAGGAUGAGCACAUAGGAGGAUAAUCGAGUGAACCUCCCCCUCCCCGACACCACCACCAUCAUCCCAUCAAGCCGCCCAGUCACCCUGACACAGACAAGCCCCCCUGUUGGGGCUCCGAGACACAGGCAGACUGCCGGGGCUUGGAUUACCCUAUUAAAGCAUUUUACCCUCUUUAAAGAUCCACACACGCACAGGGAUUGUGUGUGUGUGUGUGUGUGUGUGUGUGUGUGUGUGUGUGUGUGUGUGUGUGUGUGCUCAUCCAUUGGAUUUGGUUCCUGGAGGGCAGGCUGCCAGGUUCUCUUUCUGCUCCUCAUAAACCUCCCCACAACCAGGAGAUCCUCCAAGGAGACAGAGGAGGAGGAGGAGGAAGGAGAACCACGAGGGAUUCAGCUACAGCCCUGGGUUUGGAUAAGGGUGUGUGCAGGGUUAAGACGGCGGGGGGGGAAAGAAAGGAGAGAAGAGGGAGCGGCUGCCUUGCUCAGCGGCAGAGCAGAACACCAGAGCUCCAGACCCGACCCAACGGCCCCCCUCCCGGGUCAGGGGUCGCCCGGCUGGAUUAGAGGACAGACACGGAUCUCCGGCAACUUCUAUGGUUCCAGGGGCGUCACCACAGAACCAUUUGCAGCUGUACCCGGACCUAUUUCUGAGCUCAACGUCCACUCACCCCCGUCGCCCCAAAACGCCGACCGGGGUUGAAACCGGAGCGACUCCGACCGCAUUCUGCCUUUGGCUCCAGGCCCUGCGACUCGCAUAGCGUUCUCCCCCAUUUCUCUCCCGUUUCAUUCGGAUGCAUGUGUGCGCAACAGCAGGCGGUGUAAAGAGGAGGAGGGAGGCCUGAAAUUACCCCGGUCUGUGAUGAUGAUGAUAAACAGUGAUUAUAUUACACCAAACUAUUCACCCUCGCCAUUAGCCUCCCCUUUAUAGAGCCCUCACUGUACUGCCCUGAACUCCCAGAAACCCUUUCAAGACCUUUUUUCAUUCUCCCAAGAGCCUUGGACUUCAUUAUUUUUGAGUCUUGGCCUCUGUGAGACCGCAGAAUCAGCACAGACCGUACCUCAAAACAGUGAUUAAAGAAGGCCCUGAACCAUCUCUUGUUCGACCUUUGACCUAAAAGCGAGAUUCAAGAGAAAGACGAUGAUCCUAUUCUGACCUUUUUUCUUCCGAAAGUGUGGAAAGCCAGCGAUUAACCCAUCGAUUAUCGACGACCCCCCCGUCCGAGCCCCGUGCACGAGCCUGGACCGUCCCGCGGCGCUCCGACCCCCUCCGCCCGACCCCCCGGCGCCAUGAACCUGCAGGGCAAGCUGUCGGGCCUGAAGGGCCUGGUGUCGGGCGCCCACGGCCGGCGGCGCUUCAAGGGCGACCUCACCACCGACAUGAUCAGCCCGCCCAUGGACGACUUCCGCCACACCAUGCACGUGGGCCGCGGCGGCGACGUGUUCGGCGACACCUCCUUCCUCAGCAACCACGGCGGGAGCCGCAACCGCGAGGCCGACGCCAACACCACCUGCUCCUCGACCCCGACCAGCCCCACCUCCACCCCCGACAACAAGAUCGGGGCCUUCUUCUCCCGCACGCUGCGGCAGGUGAGGAAGGGGUCGGCGAGCGAGGGCCGGCCUAGUGGGGGAGGAGGUGGAGGUGGAGGAGGAGGAGGAGGAGGAGGUGGAGGUGGAGGUGGAGGUGGAGGAGGAGGUGGAGGAGGAGGUGGAGAGUCCAAGGAUGUGUCUUCGCCGCCACCGCCCGCCGUUUCCCCCAUCAUCAAGAACGCCAUCUCGCUGCCCCGGCUGGACGCGGUGGGCACGACCAACGGCGGGGGUCCCGUCGUCAGGGAGCUCUUCCCCCCGCAGGAGGCGGGCAAAGCGUCCUACGGUCUGGAGUCGGGCUUCGUCACGCUCCCCCGCCUAUCCCGCUCCGAGCGCCCGCUGCCCUCCGUCCCCACUUCCUGUUCGCCGGACCUGCCCCGCACCUGCCUCGACGACGCCGUCGACUCCGUCCCGUCCGACGGCCCCGCCUACGCCGUCACCAUGGUCCCGUUGAGCCUCGAGCCCGUCACCAUGACGACCCACUCCGACUCCCUGCGGUCCCUCACGUCCCUGGACACCUUCACCCUGGACCUCGGGCCCUCCCUCAUGAGCGAGGUGUUCGGGAUGAUCGACAGCCCCGGCGGCCACUCGGACGGCCACUUCCACGCCUGGGAGGCCGAGGAGGCGGGCUCGGCCUUCGGGAUGACCAAUGAGGGCUCGGAGAUGGACUCGGCCACCAUCUCGUACGUCGACUCCCUGCUGAGGGAGGACUGCGGCAGCAGGAAGAGCCCGUACGGAGGGGACUGGGAGGAGGAAGAGGAGCGGAUGGUGAUGAUGAUGAUGGAGGCCAACGGAGGGGCGGGGCACCCUCUUAAAGGGGCGGUGCCCGACGUGGUGUUGGUGGGGCCCACUGCGGAGGACGGGCGUGCGAGGCCCGGUGUGGGCAUGGAGACCGACAGCUUCCAGAAGGCGGCGGAUGUGCUGGCGCGUCACUACAGGGUGGCUGGAUCCAAGCUGAGGAUUCUGGAAUCCGAGAGCCUCAGCCAAUCAAAGAGCUUGUCCUACGGCGAGGUGGACGAAGAGGAGGAGAUUAAAGUCUGAGGUUGUACUGAGUGUCAGGACGCCUGACGCAUAUGAUAUUGUACUAUCUAGCUAAACUCCACGCAUAAUUCUAUUCAAAUCAGUAGCUUUUAAAAUGGGCCUUCUGUUGACAGGACUAUAUAUGAAAAAUGGCCCGUCCCUUUGUAAUUCUUUGGAAUAUUAUUUUCAGACGUUGAAUGUGGGUCACGUUUCCUAUGCAGCCACUCCUACAAAAAAGACAUUUGGUUGCAAGAAUGCCCGUGAAAGUUCACAAAACACUACGUUUAUAAUCGGAACCGACUGAAGGAACAUAGGAAAAUAUGAAUGGUAAGUGAAAAGAAACAGACCAGCUUGCUUUCCUCAACUGACAGCUCUCAUGAACAGCAGAGAUAGGCGAAUAAAAUCUGUACAGUAGGAUGGUGAAACUAGGAGGCAGAAGAAGAAGUAAGUCUUGGGCCACAAAAAGGAUGUUACAACAAGAUGUUACAUCUCUAUAUAUACAUACAUAUAUAUAUAUAUAGUAUAUAUAUGUGCAUAUAUAUAUUGUAUAUAUAAUCGCCAUGCUGACUUCCUUUGACAGAGUGGCGAGCAGCUCUCUCCGAUGAGACGUACGGCCACAGAAGGACAGUUAGCUGUUAAUGUGUUACUCAGAAUACACUAAAAGAGGGAAACACACAAGGGCCAAAAAGGAGAACAAUAAGGGAGACAUGAGUCGAAUUCUAAAUUCUCAGGAGCUUUUAUACAAAGAUAACCGAAGAAAACCAAAGAACCGUCUUGUGGUGAAAUCUGCAGGUUUAUAUGUGUAUAACAACCAUUAUAUUUCUACUAUAGAACAUACAACGACCUCCCCUUAAACGUGUAUUUAAGAGCACCUGCAAUUCACAUGUACAAUUUACAUAUUACGUUAAAGGGACUAUUCAUGAUAUUUUAAGAUUUAAGAAAUGUACACUAUGCCCCUGUGCGCUGAGACCGGCUGACCAGCCAAAACAUCCGUGCCAAGUGAGUAAGAAAAAACACAAAUAAAAGUAUGGACUGCCUUUGUUUUACUUCCAGAAAUGUACAAUAAACAUGUUUUCAUUA